AUGGCGGCCUUCACGGGCCAUUCUGCAGAGCCAUGCUACACUCCACAUCCAGAUCCAAACUAUCACUUGAGGCUUCUCGUGGAGCAGAUUGCUCGAGUACCUGAGAGAUCCUUUCCCGAGAUGGAUCCUCAUAUCCAGGCCAUGGCCCAAACUGACUUCUCCUUUCCUCGUGAAACAGAGGAUACCCUUCGGAGCAUAAAGAAGCACAUAGAGGUCAUUGAGAAAGCUUGUGCACAGUUUUCUCAAGACAACCUUUAUGCUGCCAUACAAGUAGAGGAGGAGGAAGCAGAAGGCAAUCAUGAGAAUGUACAGGAGCAUGCAGAAGUUGUCACGGAAAGCUCCCAUGAUAACCAUGAUCAAGUGUAUACUCUGGUGGUAGAUCACAACUGUCCCCAUUUCUGCUCUGAUAUGCUGGGCCCGAGCGAGGAAAUGCAAGAUGAUCUCAUGAAAGAAAUUGCUGGCAACUUGCUCUCCAAUCUGUGCUAG